AAUCACGCGCUUAAUCUUUAUCUGUAGCUGGAGAACGCUUUCGUUGCUAUAACAAGUGCCACAAGGUACACAGGCUAAGCACGCAAGGUCUCUAAGGGUGAACGAGUUUUCACACUUCACACCCAGAAUUUUCAACACAAGUAGCAGAACACAAGCAACCUAGUCAGCUCUUCUUUGCUUGAGGGUUUUAUUUUAUAAGGGGAAGCUGAACUUCUUCCUCUUUGUUGCAGCUAUAAUACAUGGGUUCAGCACAAGAACAGUUACCUCAGAGAAGUUGCAAUAAGCUCCCUGGGACUCGGGUCCUACAAUACUUAAAUGGAAGCCCUAUUUCCUUCAAAACCCAUCAAGCCAUCGUUCUUAUUGUAACAUUUUUAGCUUAUGCUAGUUAUCAUGCCACCCGAAAAACCACAAGUAUUGUUAAGAGUGUCCUUGAUCCCCAAACAUCAGAUUUAGGCUUGAAUUUCUAUCCAUUGAGACAAACCAAUUUCACUGCAUCAACUGGAUCAAGGAGAUUUUCUUGGAGCCUUGGAGAUGGUUGGGCUCCAUUUAAUGGAUCAGAUGGGACAUCCCUUCUUGGAGAAUUGGAUGUUGCUUUUCUUUCAGUAUAUGCUUUUGGGAUGUACUUUUCUGGACAUUUUGGUGACAGGUGUAAUUUAAGGAUUUUUCUUACAGUGGGGAUGCUGGGAACUGCUUUGUUCACUACACUCUUUGGUCUAGGUUACUGGGGAAACAUUCAUAACUUCUACUAUUUCUUAGUAGUUCAAAUGUUUGCUGGAUUGUUUCAAUCCACUGGAUGGCCGUCAGUAGUUGCCAUUGUGGGUAACUGGUUUGGAAAGAGCAAGAGAGGCCUGAUCAUGGGAAUUUGGAAUGCUCACACUUCUGUUGGGAACAUUGCAGGUUCUUUGAUUGCUUCUGCUAUGUUGAGCUAUGGAUGGGGUUGGUCCUUUGUUGUGCCAGGACUAAUGAUGGGUUUUGUCGGUUUGGUUGUUUUCCUUAUAUUGCCGGUCACACCUGAGUCUGUUGGAGCUGAUAGAGAGGAAGAUGAAUAUAGUUGUCCCAAGAAAAGUGGAGAUGAAGAGACAGAACCUCUGUUAAGCCAAGAAACUCGAGUCGAGGACAAAGCAGUUGGGUUCAUAGAGGCAUGGAAAAUUCCUGGGGUUGCUCCUUUUGCUCUUUGUCUGUUUUUUGCCAAAUUGGUUGCAUAUACAUUUCUGUAUUGGCUCCCAUUCUAUAUUUGCCACACAGCAAUCGAUGGAAAAUAUCUAUCCAGUGAGACAGCAGGAACUCUAUCCACUUUAUUUGAUGUUGGAGGAGUGCUGGGAGGAAUUCUAGCUGGCCACAUUUCUGAUCACUUAGAUGCUAGAGCCAUAACAGCUGCAAGUUUCAUGUACUGUGCAAUCCCUGCGCUCUUCUUCUAUCGAAGUUAUGGGCAUGUUUCAUUGAUUGUUAAUGGAGCUUUGAUGUUCAUCACUGGCAUGUUUGUGAACGGGCCUUAUGCUCUUAUAACAACUGCAGUUUCAGCUGACCUGGGAACACACAAGUCAUUGAAGGGAAAUUCACGAGCUCUGGCAACUGUAACGGCAAUCAUUGAUGGAACAGGUUCUAUAGGGGCUGCAAUUGGGCCUCUAUUAACAGGUUACAUAUCUGCAAAGAGCUGGAGUGCAGUUUUCACAAUGUUGAUGGCUGCAGCUUUAAUUGCAGGGCUACUUUUGACCAGGCUUGUAGUGUCAGAGGUUGCCACAAAGAUUGAAGAGUCAAGGUCUAAUAGAGCACGGGAAUGUCCACUCGAAGUAUAAGAGUCAAAGGAGUCAGCAAUACUAUGUGACUGCGUGUCUCUUCUAGGAGUGCCUAUGAAGUCACAGCUUUCAGGUCAUUAAAUUAAAGAGGAACAUGCCCAACAAUGGUUAAAAAUAGAGAGGGCGUCUUUAACUUUUAUCUUUCUUCAUAACAUUGGAGGGCAGGUUGAUAUGUUACCUGUAUGUACAUCAUGUGAUAUACCCAAUUACCCAUUAUAGUGUAGUAUCAUCCAUAAACAUGAGCUUUUCAAGAACUGCUUGUAACUUGUGAACUUUGGAAAUCAACCACAUUGUUGGGAGGUCAAGAAUGAAACGUGUGAGUUUACAAAUUGAUCUUUGUUGCAUUUUUUCAAUGGCUUAAUGGGUGCACAAAGCUGCAAAUAAACAAUAGCUGGUAAAGAUAAGCUCCAUGCUUUUGUGAAUUUUGGUCCAAGCCCCUCCAUUGGACUCUGAGUUUGAGGAGCAUUACUUGGCAUUUUUCUCCUUAUUCAUUCAGUACUGAUAUCAGAAGAUACUUGGUGAUUCUAUCAGAAAUUGACUAACACUAUUAACUUAUUUCAUCAUAAACUAACACUACUAACUUAUUUAAGUACUUAGAUAGGCAUGUUUUACGGUUGCCAAAAAUUUGGCUUGGGAUCUUAUGUCGUUGCGGUCAUAAGAUGCCUUUGCAAACUGGGCAAUAAAGCAUGACCUCUACAUAGUUUUCAAUAGGGUGGCUUCUAAAGCUUACAUUACAAUUGUGUUA